CGCUGCAGCACAUGGGAAGCAAAAGUUUUCCUCCUCCUUCUCCUCCUCCUCCUCUCUCCCCUCCGCCCAGGCGGCCCCGGGCCGGUUCCCCCGGAGCGGUUCGGAGAUGAAGGAUGCUCCCGCCGGCUCCUCGGCAGCUGCUGUCGGGUACCGGCGCUGUGCUGCGCUUCCCUCCGCUGGGCGAUGAGGAAUAAACCGCUGCUGGAGCGCCUGAGCCUCCCUGAGGGCUGGGAAGGAGCGAAGAGGAGACUUUGAUCGCGCCUUGCCGAGGGAUCUGCGGAGGAAAAGGGCUGUUGGGCAAACCCGAGCAGAUGCUUUAGCAACGCCGGAGAGGCAGCGCUACAGCAUCGCUGUGCCCGGGGCCCAUCAUGGGCACCGGCAUGUGUUCGAGGAGGCAGAAGGGGCUCCUACAGACCGGGUUUUGCCUGGUGACCGUGGCGUGCCUGGGCUCGGGAGUUUUCAUCUACAGCCACUUGCAGCAAAAGGUGCAGAACGCUGAAGCCCUGGCCCAGAAAUACAAACAGCAGCAGGAAGCGCUGUCUGCCCAGCUCCAAGUUGUGUAUGAGCACAGAUCCCGGCUGGAACGAUCCUUGCAGAAGGAGCGAGGGGAACACAAGAAGACAAAGGAAGAUUUUUUAGUGUAUAAGUUAGAGGCUCAGGAAGCUCUCAACAAGGAGAAGCAAGACUCAAUGAACAGAUACGGGGCCCUCAGUUCCCAGCACAAGAUACUUAAGAACCAGCAUGAAGAUGUCAAGAAGCAGCUGCUUGACCUGCAGCUGCAGCACAACAGCUUGAAACUGGAACAUCGCAAGACACUGGAGUCUCAUAGCCAGAAAUAUGCCCAGCUGCAGCAGGAGAAGGACAGCGAAGUUGCGAACUUGCAGGAUACAGUGUUUAAACUCAGAGAAGAGAGCAAGCUGCUUCGGAAGGCCCACCAGGAAGUUCACUCGCAGCUCCUUAAUGCCCAGGCCCAGAUGGAAGAGUUCAGGCAGCUCAAGGAAGCUCUACAGAAGAUGCCAAGUUUCAAAGGAGGAGGUGCUGGGAAGGGGCAGCAGCAGUUUCAGGCGCUGAAGGAGCAGCCCAUGGUGCCAGCCAACAGCCAGUUGCAGCUUGUGAGGCAGAAGGCUUUUCCAGUCAACCAGGAGAGCCGCCCCUUUGGGAACCCGCUGGCCUCACAAGUCUCCGGGGUUCAGAAGCAGGCAGGUGGCCCUUUGCUGCAGGGCCAGAACUCGUACAGUAACGAUGGCCCAAGGCCACAAGCCAACGUGCUCUUUACCCAUCCACAUCCAGCCCCAAGGCAAGAUGCCAACUCGCUGCCAGAUGCUCUGCCAGCCUGGCCGGUGAGACGCGGGGACGGGCACGUGGUCCGCUUCACCCGCACCAUGAACAGUCUGCCAAAUGGGAACCCUGAUCUAAAGAUGGUGAUGCGCAUUCAUGUUCAAAGCAAUGAGGAAAGCCAGGCUCCUGGAUUGGCACCCUCUGACCUGAAACAGCCCUCUGCAGCAGAAAAACCUCAGGCACCAGACAACCACCACUCUCCAGGGAGCAAACAGGUCCAGAUGCAAAGCUGGAAAGACAUUGUUAACAAAGUGAAUGCCCAGAUGGAUGAACAACAAGCUCACAGUUACCCCAAGAGCCUUCAUUUUGAGCCCAGGCCUAGGCAAGAGAUGCAGAAAGGCAGCUCACAGGCACCCGAGCAGAAGAGAGGGGAAGAGCAUCAGAUAGCUGAUGAGGAAGGCCAGAAGGAAAGGACAGAUGAUGAGGAGCUCGAAAUGGAUGCAGGAGUGAUUGAGAGGGAGGAGAAUUUGCAUUCUCAGAAAGAGACUGUUGUCCAGGAACCAAUGAUGCCAGAUGAUGCUGCAGAUCCUGCCCAGGAUCCCAAUAACCAAGGUGAGGAUGAGUUUGAGGAAGCUGAGCUGGAGAGACCUGACUUUGAAGAGAAGGUGGGAGGUUUGGAGAAGUUCAAGGAGCCCAGCGUGAAAGAAGAGUCUAAGGAGAAGCCACCGAAGGAUGCUGGCAGACCUGCCAAGCCCAGGGAAGACCCAAUGGAUGACUAUCAAGAAGAUCAGGAGCAAGAAAUUGUACGACACCAAGGAGGAUCAUGGAGGUGAGGUGGAUGACAAUGAUGACCUGGAACUUGUCCAAGACCAGAAAGACCGGGCAAACAUACAGGGAGCUGAUGGCAAAAAGGAUGACUACUACUGAGAGAUGCUAAAGGAAAGUGGAAUAAGCUGGGAGUGAGGGGUCAGGAACCCCUCCUGGGAACUGGCUCCUGUACUGAACACUGCCCAGACCAGAGGCAGGAGGAGGUAACGGUCUUCACAGGCACUGAGCAGUGUGCUUGCAGAUGUGCAUCACAGCUGCAUGUGGGGGGCCAUUGCUGCCUCUCCAAUCAAUAGCAUGGAAGUGCUCUCAGACUGUAGGGAUGGGUUUUAUCCUGCUGCUUUUCUUAGAAGCACUUUUUGAUUUGUUGUGUUCUUCACCCUCUCGUUUUCCCUCUCCCCUCCCAAGCUGGAGAGUUUUUCUUAUGUUUUUUAACCCCCUGGGCAGCAGAGGGGAGCCUGAACUGGUCCCUGGACUGACUCGACUGAUUGCUAAUACAAAGGAAUCUGUCUUCAUAACA